GCUGUCAGUCCGUCAGUCUGGUAUAGCAGUGCGGAUGAGCCGGAUGCGCCAACUUUAAGCAAUAUAGCUGACAAAAUUCACACCGAAUUCAGACUCGGACACGUUCCGCACUCGGAAUACUGGCUGUGCCUAAAAAUAAACACCUUUUCGGGGCAGACAAACGACGAAGAAAGAAAGUGGGAGUGGGAUUUUGCUUGAGACAUAUUUGAAGGGUUGUUGGCUUAGCCUGACUGGGUGAGUUAGCAUGCUAACGGAGCAGCGCUGCAGUGGAUGUCUCCACCCGCUCUUUUUUCUUCAAAUUAAACUGACGUCGCUCAAAUUACAUUUUAUUCUUCAUUUUCAGUGGUAUCGGUCAGUAUUUGGUUUGUUUUUUCUUUAAGCGAAGUGUUAGAAAAGCUCCCGAGGGGAGACUGACUCGGCAGGCUAACUAGUUAGCAAGUAAGGAGGGCUUACUAAUGAAGUCUUAAGGAGCUUUUGCAGUUUACGGACGAAAACUUACAAAUAAUACGGCUUUUUGCUCUGAACUUUAAUGUUAUAUGUAACAGCAGUCUUUUUGUAGCACAUUUGGCGAGAUAUUAAUCUGUCUAGCGAUCUAAUAGUUGAGUUGGUACAGCUAGCUGGCUGCGGUUAGCUAACUGAACGUUAUGCCAACUGAUAUUUUACUAAGAGGACCCCACUAGCUUAAUUAAAACACUUGUCACUGUGUGAUAGUUAAUUUAUUGUUAUACAACAAACAAUGGCAUCGGCUAGUAACACUGUCUCAUCGUUUGCGAGCAAAACAAAAACGAAGAAGAAACACUUCGUGUGUCAAAAAGUGAAGCUGUUUCGUGCCAGCGACCCUCUCCUCAGUGUUCUCAUGUGGGGAAUAAACCAUUCGAUAAACGAGUUGAGCCAUGUUCAGAUCCCCAUCAUGCUUAUGCCUGAUGACUUCAAAGCCUACUCGAAGAUUAAGGUGGACAACCACCUUUUCAACAAAGAGAAUAUGCCAAGCCAUUUUAAGUUUAAAGAGUAUUGCCCUCUUGUUUUCCGUAAUUUGAGAGAGAGGUUCAGCAUCGAUGACCAGGACUUCCAGAACUCUUUGACCCGCAGCGCACCCCUCGUCAGUGAAGCUCAGGGCCGUAGUGGUGCUCGCUUCCACACCUCCUACGACAAGAGGUACGUCAUCAAAACCAUAAGCAGCGAGGACGUGGCUGAGAUGCACAACAUCCUCAAAAAGUACCACCAGUAUAUUGUGGAAUGUCAUGGUACCACACUGCUGCCACAGUUUCUAGGCAUGUACCGCCUCACUGUAGAUGGAGAUGAGACUUAUAUGAUAGUCACACGCAACGUUUUCAGUCACCGGUUGUCUGUGUAUAAGAAAUAUGACCUGAAGGGAUCUACUGUUGCCAGAGAGGCAAGUGACAAAGAAAAGGCUAAAGAACUCCCCACGUACAAAGAUAAUGACUUUAUCAAUGAUGGACAGAAAAUAUACAUCGAUGAAGAGAGUAAGAAAACCUUCCUUGAUAAGCUACGAAAGGACGUGGAGUUCCUUGCUUUACUGAAGUUGAUGGACUACAGUCUUCUGGUUGGGAUCCAUGACGUGGAAAGGGCAGAACAAGAGGAGUUGGAGAGUGAAGAUAAUGAAGGAGAAGAGGAAGGAGAGAGUGAUGGAGGCAUUAUCGGCACUCCUCCUGACAGUCCCAGUAACACUCUGGACAGCGCUAAACCACUCUUGCCGGGAGACUUCGACCCCAGUAUUGACGUCUAUGCCAUCAAAAGCCAUGACAAUUCUCCCAGAAAGGAGGUCUAUUUUAUGGCUGUUAUUGACAUCCUGCAGCAUUAUGAUGCCAAGAAAAAGGCCGCUCAUGCAGCCAAGACAGUAAAGCAUGGGGCUGGGGCAGAGAUUUCCACCGUGAACCCAGAGCAGUACUCCAAGAGAUUCUAUGACUUCAUCACUACCAUUCUGCCCUAGUCCGAGACAG